AUGGCAUAUUCUACGUGUGACACAAAUGCUCUUCGAGAUGCCAUAUUGCGAAUGUGGACACCAGCAGUUGGCGCAAAGUCAUUAUAUGAAGUAACUGUACGUAAUCAACAAAAAAUCAAUGCUUCAUUCGGGCAUGGUAAUUUUUAUGGUCGACUAAUGGCGUCACGCAACAUUCCAAUGCGCCCAUUCUUCCCAAACGUGCAGGAUUAUUCCGACAACCAACCACCGUUCGAGAUUGCAGAAGAGAUACUCUCAGGCAGUUGGAGUGAAGGGUUGUUCUUGUACGGUCACUCAAAAAUAAAAAUUCCCGAUGUGGAUUAUAUGUUGGUUCUAAAAAAUAUUUCAUUUUCCAAAGAAGAUCAACUUUCCGGUAACUUGACAUUAAAGGAAGACACGCCAUUUGUUUACGCUUACAUAACAGAUGAAGACUCCGUGAAAAUGUGGAAUGAGUUUUUGGCAGACCGAAAGGAUGUAGCAGGAAAGCGAUUAUCUUCGAGGAAACUAAAACAAAAGCUACACCAGAACUACCAGAAAUUGCCUUUAAUUUCGCAGAGUGAUAAUUCUAAUGAUGUUGACGAUGGGGCGGCCAUGUAUAUCAAUAGAGUUGACUAUGCCACGCCUUCAUUAAAGGCGGCUAGCAAAGUGCUUACCAACCAAUUCGGGCGAAAUUUUGGUAAUAUAAUAGAUUUUGCAAGAGAACUUCAGAAUGAGAUCUUCACAGGUUCGGAUAUUGUGCUAGCCAUAUCGUGCGAAGGUUGGCCGUGUUGUGCAAUAGAAUGGAUAAAUCGGGAUCGGAUAUGGCCACAUCGUCAUGUGGUGCAGAAAAUUACGGAAGAUGGUUUCCACAUUGUUCCCAAGAGGUUGACAGAAGGAGAUUUCCGCUUGUCGUUCUCGUGCGCUGAAACUAAACUGAUUGAAAAUCUGACUGAGCUACAGCAUAAAGUACUUCGCUCUUUCAAAGCUGCAGUUAAAUACUAUCAGGACACUUGGAGUCCAAAUAUCAAGGAAAUUAUCACAACAUAUCAUCUAAAAACAAUCGCAUUUUGGCAUUUUGAAAAAAUUACACAAGGCUCCAUCACUAAGGAGACAGUGGUCACGCAUCUCAUUUUAUUGCUUCAAGAGCUGGCACACGCUUUGAGAAUACGAGAACUUCCCAUGUAUUUUAUGCCCAAGGUGAACCUGUUUGAAAAUGUUGAAAAUUCUGAGGAGACGAUUAAAAUAGCGGAAAAGAUCGACCAAUUAGCCGUGGAAUGUCCUUUUCUAAUAAUAGCUUUAGAGAACAUCACGUGCUGUUUUAGACAACCUCUUGGGCUUGCAAGUUUCAAAAUGGGAGAAUUUACUGACUUUUCGUCUAGGCUACAAAAGACAGGAAAAUCAAGUGGAGUACAAAAUCCUUCAGAAGGAAUGAUGUAA